CCAUGAUCGCUUCCGUCGUUAAAACAGUCGAACUUCAAGCACUCACUCACACUGAUGACCUAACUUGUACGCAGAGAACUAAUAACUACUCUAAACAUAUCAGUCAAAGCUAACCAUAUACGCGGUCAUAGACCAAAUGGCGAAGCUUGCAAUAUGUUGGACGUAUGUGAACAGUACCUUCAUUGCCUCUUAAACAUGGCAGCAUAUGCUAAUAACUUAACUCCUAGCCUCGAGGCUCACAUUGUACUCAUUUCUGCCUCGAUACCAACUGCCAGGGCAAUCUUCAAGACGCGAAAAUCUCUUGGUGAUAGCCGCAGUGGUAAUUCUAACGAAAUGAACACUUUUAUGAAAUGGAAACGUGCUAUGGGUGGGAAUAGCCCUCAUGAUGGUAUAAGCGGCAUAAGAAAAGAGACAACAGUAUCAACCACAUUCGACUCAGAUCCGCAACUAGCGUACACCCAACACCACGUAUUAGAGAAUGACUGGGAAGAAAUAUGAAGUUUGAAGUUUAUCUAGAAAACAUAACUAGGUAGACUUAGUUAUUAUAAGAAAU